AUGACAAAUCGAGCAUGGGUCACCUUAGCUACAAACGACUCUUACGGUCUCGGGGCCUUGGUCCUUGCACACUCCUUACGCCGACUUGGAUCAGCUUACCCAGCGGUUGUCCUCAUCACACCUUCAGUAACUGAUGCUAUGAGGGAGCGUCUUCAAGCAGUAUUCGCCGAAGUAAUAACUGUGGACGUGCUGGAUUCCCAAGAUGCUGCUCAUUUAGCGUUGCUGCAGCGACCAGAACUGGGCAUCACCUUUACCAAGAUACACUGUUGGAAUCUUACACAGUAUGAGAAAUGCGUCUUCUUGGAUGCUGAUAUUUUGGUUGUCCAAAACUGUGAUGAAUUGUUUGAAAGGGAGGAGCUAUCAGCGGCUCCAGAUGUAGGUUGGCCAGACUGCUUUAACUCUGGCGUCUUUGUCUUCAAACCUUCGGCAGAUACCUUCAGUAGACUCAUCAGAUUCGCGCAAGAACGCGGAAGUUUUGAUGGCGGCGAUCAAGGUCUUUUGAAUUCUUUCUUCUCCGACUGGUCCACAGAUAGCAAUAAGCGACUACCAUUUCUUUACAAUGUUACAUCUGCAGCCUUUUACUCGUACCUGCCCGCGUUGAAACAUUUCGGGCAGAACCUGAAAAUCAUUCACUUCAUCGGUCCAGCGAAACCGUGGCUUCAGCAUUAUAAUUUUGAAUCUCAAAACGUGGACGCCCCAGAACAUUUGAAAGGGUUCCUGCAGUUAUGGUGGGAUCUCUUCAGGACCUGUGUUCAUACUCAGUUAGAUGUAUCAAUGGGUAAUAUAGAAGAGCCUUCUUCAGAAAUAACAAGAGAGAGGAUUGAAGAUUUACCACAAUUCGAUGAGCCAGAAUUGGAUUAUACUACGUACGAGCCUGCUUUAGAUCCGACCUCAGAGUUUCCGUGGCACCAUCCGGACAAUCAAGUCGAAACUCAAGAUUACGAAGCCUAUGAACUAGAUAAAAAUACAUUUCAUGACCCAUGGGAUAUGUAUAGAGGCAAUAUUCUCCCCAAAAGUGAGAAUUCGAAAGAAUACGUCCAACCGGAGACGGCAGAUUGUAGUGAAACGAGAAGAUAUGCAUGGGAGAAUACACAUUAUGAACCAAUUAUAAAAAAACACGUUGAUUAUAAUCCUUAUAACACUUUCGACAACAGUGACAAUUCAUUUUAUAAUCACAACGAUAAUAUUACACAUCAAAUUAAUGUGGACAACGAAAUAAAUAAUAAAUUAUUUGAAAAUAAUUCAAUGUACAAUUUACCAAAUCAUAAUGCUAGCCAAACCGAAUAUACUCAAUCUUACAAAGAGCCUCAUAAUGACUUACCGCAACACAACUAUGUCGAACAUAAUUUCCACAAUACUAAAAAUAACAUUGAAGCUGCUACACCAUUACAAAACAAAAAUAAUUACAUCUAUUGCGUUCAUAUGGAUCACGAAAAGCCUAUAUACAAUAAUAAAAAUAAUGAACACAAAGUGCAUGAAAAUGGUAGUGAGUUUGUCGAAAGCUAUGAAGAUAUUCGACCAAGGCACCCUUACGAUGGAUUUUACUUGAGGCACAAGGCGACAAUAGAUUCCAGAGGAAUAAAGUUAUGUUCGCACGAAAUACCUCCCAUUAUUCUUCAUACUUCCCAUUCACCACCUACAGAUGGUUUGGAUGACUACGAAGAUGCAGAAGAUCCAAUGGAAAAUGGUUAUUAUUACGAUGAAGGCGAAGAAACUGGUGUAGCUGGCAACUUAGCCCGUGUUCAGCCCGGAGUUUCUCUUCAACGAGAGGCAUUAGAUGAAUUAUCCCGACGCCAAGGUUGGGAGUCUGGUAAUAUAGAUUACAUGGGCGCUGAUUCUUUCGCAAAUAUCUGGGCAAAAAUUUCCCAAACCUUAAAUCAAGGAACAUCUUCACCGCCAAAAGAACCAUCUCCACCAAAAGAAUCUCCCCAAGCACCUGUAGAAAAGGCAACCGAAGUACAAGAGGUUGUUGAGAAACUCGCCUCUGCGUCGCUCGACGAAUCAAAUGAUAUACCCGUGCCUGCAAAGGAAGCAGCAUUCGCCGCAGGUAAACCCAUUGACCCGGUUUCCCAGCAAGAUGAAAAAACUGAAGUUCCUGAACCUAGACCAGAAACCGUCCCCGAAAUAGAAUCCAAAUCCAUUAUUACUGAAGUUAAGACUGAAACGCCUGCGGCAACUGAAGUUACUUCAGGAAUUGCCGUAGAACAACCCGUUCAAAGUAGUCCUUCUGAAGUUGAAAAUGUUUCUGUUUCGAUUCCUCAAACAGAAACACCAAUAGAUGUACCUAAAGCAGAUUCUGAAUCAAUUAUUCCUACCGUGUCGCAUGAAACAACAGUAGGGGAAUCUAUACCUUCUCAAGACAUAGAUCAUGAUAAGAGUAUUAGUUUAAAAGAAUCUGAAAAUGUGCAUGUUCCAGACCCUACAAAACAAACCUCUAUUGAACCCUCAGUACCAGAAUCCAUCCAAGCAUCACCAAACACCGAAGUUGAAACUGUACCAACUUUAGAUGCUGUGCAUGAACCCAAGGAAAUGUCGUCAGUUUCUAAAUCGGAGUCUGCUGAGUUGGCAACCGAUGCUGCAAACGAGUGCAUUGAAACAUUGCAUGAAUCUAAGCCCGUGCCAGAAGCAUCAGUUGCUUCCACAGAAUUAGCAUCUACACCCUUGCCACAAGAAAUUGAGACUGAGAAAGAAUCGUUAAAAUCCGAAACUUGUGAAGUGCUAGACGCAAAAGUGGCAGCGGAAUCCGAUAAACCACAAGCUCCCGUUUCCAUUGUUGUCCCUACACCAGACCCAGUACCGCAAAUUCCUGAGCCCACCAAGCCGGAAUCAGACUCCGUGCCCCAGCCAAUACUCCGUCUCAAGAAGAAGUGCCUAGUGUUCCGGCAGCCAAAUCUCUCGAGGAGGCAGCCCAAGAGACGCGGCUUUGAUAAAGUGGAGGAGCGUCGCAGGCCGGCCAGCAAGUUGCAGUUGAAACCGCCAGCUGCUGCCGAUCCGCUGCCAACGCCCGACAGCGAAUUCGAAGACGCUGCAACAUUAGCGCAAUCCAUCAUCGCUAGCGAAUUGCGCACCCCGACCGUCACUUCAGCGUCGCCGACCGGCCUCAUAUCUCCACAACUUCAAUCACAAGAAGGACUUAGCGUCACGAAACCUGACGUGCCGACCCCACCAGUGGACCCAGUUUCACUCUCACAGAUCGGCGUUAAACCUAAAUCGAAACCCACCACAGCCGCCCAAAUUGAAUCGUCUCUCGCCGAGAAGACAGAGCCAGAAGCACCCAAGAAGAAAGUGUUGAAGAAGGUGAAAAAAGACGGUGCUUCUAGUGGUGAAGCUCCUGUUCCUCCGCCACGAAAAAAGGAGAAAAAACCUAAAGAUAAAUAA